AUGACGCUUAAACUUAAAUUUGAGGCUGUUACUGACCCAGAGGUGAUUCGAUUCACACAUAUUGAGAAUGGGUCGGUUUGGAGUUCGCGGUUUUUAAGCCAAGAGGAAUAUGCGGACCGUGAAUGGGUGCUAGGGCAGAGUGAUUUAGGUCAAUUGCAUCGUUCACAAGAGCACAUUGACAAAUACGAUUCAAAUGCUGUGUAUUUGGGGCUCAAAUACUUUGUUUUGAAGGAUGUCUCGCUCCCUGAAACGUCAAAAACGUCUCAGAUAGUGGCUAGUUGCGAGACCAUGAACAGGACCGGUUGGGCCAUGCUUCCUGGAGACAGCACCGGCCAGAUUCAUGAGGUUUUAGUGGCAUGUAUAGGAGGAGUUUUCACGCUCAAACAUCAUCGUGGGCGCGGAUAUGCGAGACGAAUGAUAGAGUUGUUGAACGAGUACUACGAUUCCCUAGCGCAGAACAGUGAGGAGCCUUUCUUGAAGCACUUGGCUGUUCAUUUGUAUAGUGAAAUUGGCGAGUACUAUGCAAAAAAUGGUUAUGUGUCAUACCAUGUACCACUAUAUGAGUUGCACAACUUGGAUGGGUUGCAAGAACACUAUUGCGAGAAGUAUUCGUGCGAUAAUGAGACUACUAUUACUGCUAACGAUAUAAGAUACUUGGGUUACGAUGAUUACGAAGAUCUAGUGGAAUUGCAGAAACAGCACUUCAAAAAACAGUUGCUACAGGCUCACGAUGCAUGUGGCGGUUCGCGGUUCAUUUUUACAGUGCAGCCCUCACUCAAAAUCUACAAGUGGUUUGAAGACCGUGAUUUAUUCUUGUAUAAGAAAUUCCGAGAAGAAAAGCCAACCAGGUUUGGCGCUGCACUAGCUGAUGGCUCGCAUAUAGUAUGGCAUCAUUCAUGGACUUCGGGCACUUUGAUCCUCUUGAAAGUGCAAAUAAUGGGCGAAGACCAAGAGAAGAAACUUGCUUUGUUAUUAAAAGAAUGCAUACAGGAAGCAAGAUCAAGCGAUAUAACUCAUCUUGAAUUCUGGCAGGAUGAACUGCCUGGUGAAAAGUUUCCCAUCUUUCAUUCUACCAUCCGUGCGCUUGAACCGGGCUCGAACUUGGAGAAGAUUAACUCAUCACUAAGUGCGGUUAGAGCUGCACAGGGUGAAUUUAGGGGAGAGAUUUUAUGGCUAAACAACACAAAAUUUUGCUGGUUCUAA